GUGUUAGCUCAAUCGUGUAUUGGAACGCGCAGUGAACACAUCGAACCGGAAAACACACAACACACAGAUCACAGAUUAGAGAUGUCGCUACGCAGGAAAGAGGACUAUAUACCCAUCAAGUGUGAGGGCUGGGAUGGCAAGUUCGUCUAUCAGGAUGGAGCCGUGAACAAUGUGUCCAAGGUGCGACGCCACAAUCAGAAUGUGACCAACACCAACAACUUCUAUGGCUGCAACACGGAGCCCAUUGUCCUGCCCACCGCCUGGGAUGGCACAUUCGUGAAGAGCGGCGAAACGCGCAUCAAGCCCGAACGCAAUCGAUCCGACGAUCAGGACUAUUACGAUUUUAACACGGAGCCGACCGUGUUGCCAACGACAUGGAGCGGCGACUUUGUCACCGAUCCGAACGAUGUGCGCAUCAAGCCGGAGCGUAACUUUUCCGAUGCCCGGGACUAUGCCGAGGCGAGUCGCUUCAAGUUGGUGCAACAUUGAAGGAGCGAUACCUAUAUCCCUAUAGCGAUCUUCUAUUCCAAUUCGUGAGCAAACAAACUAACUCUGCAAUCAGUAUACACGUAUUCCCCCCCAUUUGUUUGGUUCGGUUUUGCAUUGUACUCCCUAACCUAAGCGUUCGUUGUAUUUUUAUGUUUAUAGAUAUUUAUUCGUACACCUAAUAAACAAAGCAAAAAAAAAAAC